UGAAAAGUGAAAACUGUGAAAAGUCAUAACAAACUAAUAGACUACCUUGAGGGUUGUUAUUUUAUAUUUUUAUUUUCCCAAAAUAUCCAGUUUUAUUAGGAUUUUAGAGUUAAUUUCCAAGUAUCAAAUCAUACGUGAGUUUGUGCAAACCAGGAUUUAUUAUAUUUGUAUUAGAAAUUCCUUAAAAUGACGACCGCUGCUCGUCCAACGUUUGAGCCAGCCCGAGGUGGCUCAGGGCGAAACGAAAAGGAUCUCAGUGCCAUUUCCAGGCAGUAUUCCAGUAGGGAUUUGCCAGGACAUACUAAGUUAAAGUACAGAGAACAUGGACAAGGAACCCAAGAAGAAACCCGCUCCAGAGAUUUCCGCAGAGAGCUUGAAGAAAGAGAAGUUCCAAAGUCACGUCCAUCUAGAGCUGCAGAGAAUAAGAGGCUAAAAUUAGACCAGGCUUCAGCAGCAAGUUUGGAUGCAGACGAUCCUGUUGACCAUGAAGAUGACUCAGAUUCAAGUGAAGAAGAGGAAGAUGAUACUGAAGCCCUUUUGGCAGAAUUGAAUAAAAUAAAAAAGGAAAGAGCAAUAGAGCAAACUAAAAAAGAAAUUGAGAAGCGCCAAGAAGAAGAACGCAUAAGAAUGGAAAAUAUUUUGAGCGGGAAUCCGUUGUUGACACAUUAUUCAGCGGGAGGUCCUAAAGGAACGGACCAUAAAGUCAAAAGACGAUGGGACGACGAUGUGGUUUUUAAAAAUUGCGCGAAGUCGGAGCCCGAGAAGAAGAAUAAUGUUUUCAUUAACGAUUCUCUAAGGUCGGACUUUCACAAGAAGUUUAUGGAAAAAUAUGUAAAGUGAAUUAUUUGUAUUUGUUUUUAUUUUGGGAAUUAAGCUUUGAAUUUUUCUUAUCAUAGUUAUUGAUUGUACAAUACUAUAAGUUUUCUUAUGAAUAAAAAAAAACCA